AUGUUCCCCACUGUUCCCCACAUUAAAGAAGCAUAUGAUGACGAUGUGACCAACGCCUCAAGAACAAAGUUCACAAACCUCUAUUCCCUCGAGUAUGAUGAUACCUUGCUUAGUUUCUUCGAGCUUGACAGUUCGAGAAUAAGUCUACCAAGAAUCGGCAUUUGGCUCCAUGGCAGAGAACCCUCUGCCAUGGUAUCAGAAGCACGAGCUCAUGGCCUGCCUGCAACAGCUGGAUAUCAGCUGUGUGAAUCACCUGUAUAUGCUUUAGAAGGAGGCAUUGCUGUUUCUGGAAGUGAACUGCCACCGUUCCUGAUUCGGUGGCGAUGUGUCUCUGUUACUGCGUUCAACGGCAUAUUUGCUCCUUACUGGAUCGAUGAUGCGAAAGGCUCUAUUUUCGGCAUCUCUCAACAUACGCAACAUGGACACAUAGCCCGGGCAAAUUUGGAAGCCGUAUGCUUACAAACCAAGACGAUUCUGAAUGCAAUGGAAAAGGACAUCGGCGAAAAGUUGAGAGAACUAACAGUCGACGGAGGGCUAUCAGUCAGUGAUAUUUGCAUGCAUCCCCAAUCGGAUAUUAUCCAGAUAUAUAUCGAACGUCCGAAAAUGUACGAAAUUACGGCAGCCGACGCUGCAAUUGCAGCAGGCUACGCGAUUGGCAUCUUCGAAGACCUCGAUGGGUUACGAGGAUUGAACAGAUCGAAUAGCAUGAUCUUCGAAUCGGAAAUAACUGAAUCGGAAAGUUAG